UCGUUGGGUUCGGACGUUGUACCUUCUGUUAAACCGAUUUUAAAAAAGUUGGAUAUAAAAAUAAGGAAAAAAAAACAAUUCUUAGUGUUUUUUUUAAUAAAUAAAAGAAUCAGAACAUUUCGGAGACAUGGUGGUAAUAAGUUCGUUUACAGUGCUUGACGGUGGCUCUAGUCCGCCACCAACAAAGUCACGCAUUAACAUAGACUGGGAUAUUAAUGAUACAAUUGUGCCAGCGGUUAGUGAAUUUGAUGAAUUUAACGAGUGGUCCAAUGGACAUUGUCGCUUAGUGUAUUCGUCGACGAGUGAAGAUGCCAAGAAACACGCGUCUGGAUGGGCAAUGCGAAAUACCAACAAUCAUAAUGUUAAUAUUUUGAAAAAAAGUUGCUUGGGUGUUCUUUUGUGUACGGCAAAGUGUAAGCUACCAAAUGGAAAUAGUGUUCAUUUGAGACCGGCUAUUUGUGACAAGGCUCGGCGGAAGCAACAAGGAAAACAGUGCCCUAAUAGAAAUUGUACAGGCCGUCUUGAGAUACAAUCAUGCCGAGGCCAUUGCGGAUAUCCAGUGACACACUUCUGGCGUCAAGCCGGCAAUGCUAUAUUUUUCCAAGCCAAAGGGACACACGAUCAUCCUCGGCCCGAAGCAAAGGGAUCCAGUGAAGCUAGACGUCUACUUGGAGGUGGAGGUCGUCGGGUAAGAAGCUUGGCAAUGAUGCUUGCUAGAGAUGCUGCCUUAAAUAAUAAGCUCUGCAGUCUCCGAGGAACCAAACGUACAUCGUCGAAAAUCCCAAGCAUUAAUUUCUCGUCUAAGAAAAAGUGUCAAUGUCCAGUUUCAAGUUGUAUGUGUAGUUCAAUUGUGCCAAAUGUUACCCCAUUGAUCAGUGAAUCUUCAAGCUAUACAUCAUCAGAUGGGACAGUUUAUUCAUGGCCAAAUACGAACGAACACUAUAAUGCACAAUCGCCCAUGUACCACCAGCACCACAAUGUCCACAGUCAAAAAGACACAAUCAAUGAAAUUAAUUAUUACCAUAAUUCUGGGCCGAGUCAGAAUUACUAUUCAUCAGCAACGGCAGGCUCAAAUAACAUGUUCUAUCAAUCGGCACAAUCCAUGGAUCAGAGCCAAAUUGCGAGCAGUCAGUUAAAUCCCAAAUGGCUAUAUGAGAGUUGUGAUGAUACCUCUAGUCUAACUUCAACUUCCUCUGCGAGUAGCUCAGAUGAUUACUACCUGCCAACUGCUCUGACUGACAUGAAUAACAGCCAGCUAUGCCAGAUGAAUAGCAGUAACUUCUCAGCAAACAACAACGUUUUGGAUACUUUUAAUUCGUUCUUCGAUGAAAAUAUCUACAACACAGUGUAUGAUAAUACAACAACAACUGCCAACCCCAACUUCGUUGAUCCAAAUGGAUCAUUCUCACAUCAAAGUAUCUCACCCUCCACCGGAGCCGCCUAUUCCGAUAACUACCAGACCUAUUUCGAGAACAGUAAUCAGGUCAAGCAGCAACCCCACCAAUCCCAAUACCAACAGACAAAUAGUGGUCAUUCAAGUCCUGAUUUUUUCUACAGCAACACUGGUCGUGACAAUGUUUGGAACAUUCAAAUGGACACGACUAACCUCUAUCAGAGUCAUCAGUUCCAAUCUCAUCAGCCAGAUGAAGUAACGGGAGUGUUUUAAAACAUGGAUCUCAUUUUUCUUAUAAUUUUAUUUAUUUUUUUUUUAUUUCAAAGUAUGUUUCUAUAUUAGAAAAGAAUUUUUCUAUUUGGUCGUAAUAUUUGUGUUUUAAACGUAAGUCUUAAAGUACAGUGCCUGUAAGUUGGUGUUUUUUAUGUUUGGUGGAUUAUUAAAUUUGUUCUAGUCACAUUCCAAUAAAACAUAAUAAUUAAUAGAAUCAACAUCCGAUUUCUUGUCAAAACAUUAUAAAAUAAAACAAAAGAAAAAUAAACAAAUCCCAGUCUAAGUGUUAAGUUAAGUUAUUAAUUAUCUAUACUU